AUGGCGACGGCCGAUCACGAGGCGACGGUGGACGAAAGUAGCCGCGGCCCGCUCCUCGUGUGGGACUGCGGCAGCGUGCUCUACGACUCGUACGAGCUCACCGCCUUCAAGCGCCAGCUCGACGCCGCUGUGCUCGCCAGCAGCCGCUCGCUCUCCAUGCCGCACCUCACCACCAGCGUCGCCACAACGUCGCCGCCGCCGACAGCCGCCGAUGCACAGCACCAUCAGCAGGCAAGGCGACGCAGGAGGAUCAGGCGCCUGCCCGCGCUGCUCAGGAGGCUCUUCUCCAAGGUGCUCCGGCUGCGGCUGUUCCCAGCCACCGGGGCUCGGGGCGCGCGCUACCGGACGGGCGACGACGGAACGGGGUCGCCGUGGUCCGGCGCGCUCACGUCCAUCCCGGAGGAGCAGAGCUCCAGCAGCCCUGAGAUGGCGGAGUCUCCAGUUGAGCCCGCCCAGAGCAAGCUGCAGAAGACGCAAUCGGAGCGCUUCAUCGGCAGCAAGACGGCGUCGUCCAUGGUGCAAUUCGAGGUCGUCUUGUAG